AUGGCCACCGACAUCCGCCGAUCACGAUCAAACACUUCGAUGUCGACAAGAAGCAACCGUCCGCUCUCACGCGCCUCGACAACCAGUGUGCACUCUUUCGAUCAGCACGACCUCCAACCGCAGUUUUCCCAGUCACAGCCGCCUCGACCGGCACACUUCUCUCAACCGCAAUACAACACGUCGUUUCCCAGCGAGCCCUUGCAGCCUGCGCUACUCCAGGCUGCUCAACAUGCGAGCGCACAGGACAAUUUGAUGAACACGUCGAUGGAAAGCUUGCAGCAGUUCCUUGGCUACCCAGUCGAUGCUAACCAGAACCCGGCUCAUUCCAACGGCAUGUCUUCGCAGCCCAUGGACGCACACGUGUACCACGCUUCCAUGUCACAGCCGCCACCGCAAUCGCAGUACAUGACACCCCUUGUCGAGGUGGAGGAUAAGAAGAAGAAAGGCUCAGCGUCUGGUAGUGCGACGAACGACAAGGAGCUACGACAGAUGCUGCAGCAAAAUGAGGGUCGCAAACUGAAAGAUGUAGCUGCAGAAGUCAUUCAGACUGACAGAACGUCCAAGGCGGAGAAGUCAAAGCAAUUGUUUGCUAUGCUCUGGCUCAAGUCUGUUUGUCGUCUCGCAAAAACAUCCGUCCCACGCAACCGAGUCUACUCAAAGUACGCCGAACGCUGUGGUACGGACCGUGUCAUCCCUUUAAAUCCGGCAUCAUUUGGCAAAUUGGUCCGCGUCAUCUUCCCAGGAAUCCAGACUAGACGUCUUGGCGUUCGCGGCGAGUCGAAGUACCACUACGUCGACCUCGCUCUCAUCAACGAUAGCGAAGACGGGGAAGAUGCGCGCCGAGCAAGCAUCGGUCCUACUGCGCAUGCUCUGAAGAGGCAGCAGUCGUCGGGUCCGAAACUCGAUUUCAAUUCGAUACCACGGCUGCCUGCAGAUAGUGCACAGUUCCCACCACCGGAUACUGGCGUAGAGUCUACCACUACGCAAUACGCCCCUGCUGGGUCAAAGGGUCUUUUGUUUUCUGACAUAUACUCAACUCAGUACAGGCCGGCCAACGCUCGCACCAAGACGUCAUAUGAAUACGAACUGAAAUUUCCAACCGCAGAAGUGCUUACAGCAUCAGAUGUACUCGAAAUCGAGUUGCCAGAUAUCUCUUCAUAUCUGCCUGCACGCACCGACCCUGACUCGGCUAACAACCUUACGGCAAUGUAUCGCUCGCAUGUCACAUCCCUCGUGGAUUCGGUCCGCUAUUGCAAAGAAAAGCAGUUCUUCCGGCUGUUUGGUACUUUUCACGGCACGUUGACUGUCCCCGUUCAGAAGCUGUUCGCAUCGCCAGAGCUGGCGCCAUGGAUCAAGGAGUGCGAUUGGAUGAUGUACCAAAAGAUGAUUCGCAACGUUUCUCAACUCACACUACAAGUCGCCCCACCGAUCGUUCUCAGAUUCCUCGACAAUGUCGCAAAGACGCUUCAUACGCACAUUAGCAAAGUGUUCCAGCCGUUACCUGUACACGUUCUCGAAGCGAAGCUUGAGCCUGCGACACUGUUUGCACACCUGUUGCGUCAGAUGCUACGCGUCAACUCGACAGCGCAUGCUGCUGCUGUCAUGCUCACGGCCGAAAAUCACCGUACACAGAUGUUUGCUGAUUGGCUGUCCCAUGUCAACAUGAAGCGUAUCAUUGCCAACGAGCUGCCUCGGUCCUGCAGCCACGAAGAAGUAUACAGCAUACUGAUGACAGAGAUCCGACCCAUGCUUGGUCCAUUACCACAAGAGAUACAGCUACCAACUGGGAAUGUCUACCGAGCGGCAUAUCCUGAUCCUCCCGCCGAUCCCACCGAAUCUGUGAUCGAUCGCAUCGCAGCUUUCCUUACACGGCUGCCCUUCCGCUUCCCGAACGCCCCUGCCCGGACUGUUCUGCACUGCAUAAAUGCGCUUGGCUCUGCUGCUGUACGAGAGAUCACAGUGGAGAACGGCAUCAGUUUCCAGGCCUGGUGGUUGACCAAGGUUUUUGUCGACGAGAUGGCACAGUGGCUCGCUUCCUUGGGAGGAUUUCUGGACCACAGUCCUCAGAAUUGGAGCUCGCCAUCCUACUCUCCUGUUCUAGAAGGCUCUGUGAAUGCAGGCAUGGCCAACGGCGUUAGCGGAAGCAACAACGACAGCAGAUAUAGUAGCCUCGAUGCCGAAUUUGGGCCCGAUCAGUCUUUCAUGUCUACCACCACCACCACUGCCAUACAAGACAACCCCAACGUGAACCACGAAGUCCAUGCUCGACGACCUGCUCCACAGCAAUACGAUCCCAUGAGCUUCAGCUUCGAGUAUGACAUGAAUCCUUCGCAGCAGGAGAGUCAUCACGAUGAUAGCGGCAUUGGUCUCCUCGACGAUAGUCUUGACACCAAGUUCUCGUCGCAUGUGCAGCAAGGUCACAAGCCGCAUUUUGCACAUUCGCAAACCCCGCAACUACCCACUGGCGUGAGCUAG